CGUCAAAACGGAUUGGAAAAUUUUCCAGCUUUGUUGCGUCGUCAAAGAGAGAAAAGGUGAAAUCGUUUCCGGAGAUAUUUUCGAAAUGUUCCAAAAUAGUGUCGUUUAACCACAUCCGGAUUUGGUGUAAUGAUGGCUGCAACUAAAUUGCAGCAGCAUCGCCGAACGGUUAGUGAUGUGUUUAAUAUUGAGGUGAUAGACGACGAGGGUGGUGCUGCAGGCAAUGGUGGUGAGUCACGACGAUACAAGGAAGUCAACGAUCAGCAACAGCAUCCGGGAUUUGGUGCCACUCCUAAAUGUUCACCUUCGUCGUCGUCCAGCGAUUUCCAGAACACGAGCGAUAGCAACUUUCUGCUGCGUCGGGAUGAUGCCUAUCGUGGUCAGUACAGUUUCAGUGGGGAACUUCGAAAGAGUGGUCUCGGUCGGAAGGAAGAGCUGGACGAAGAACUGGACCAGGUGCAAGAUUUCGAAAGGAACCUGAGCGGGCUGGGCGUUGGCAACGAUGACGAUGGCGAAGGCAUUAACGACGAAGACGAUGACGAUGGCAGCCAGUUCGAAACAAGCGCCGGCACAGAUUGUAGCAGAGCAAGUCGAGUGGCUGUCGAUAGUUUUCGAAGAUGGUCGGCCAAUUUUGGGAAGAGCAUCAAAAAUAACAAACGAAACAUGUACAACAAGACGGUCCGAUUGAUGCCCUCGCGGUUGCAAAAAACUCUUUCCAUCGAUGGCGAUCUCAUCACCACGACGGCUUCGGACAUCGAGCAGAUCACCCUGGAGCUGGAACAGCGGGAACAGCUGAUGGGGGACAACCCCCACUCGGAGCAGCUCCGAAUCGAUGCCAUCAAAUCGAUGGCCCAAACCCUAUCGAUCAAGCGCCAAAUUCGGGCCAAUCUGACUCGGACCGUAAAUCGUCGAUCCGUGAGCCGAUCCCGUUCGGUCGGAUUUUUGAGGAAAUGCAAGUACCGCACCAAACUGUUGGCCAGCCGGCUUUCCAAGCUGAUGCGCCACUCGUUUACCAAUUUUGAACUUUUCUACGGCAGCAUGAAGGAGAUCGAGGGUCAUUUUGGCAGUCGAAUCAGUGCUUAUUUUAAAUUUCUUCGAUGGCUGCUGGUGCUGGAUUUGGUGCUGGUCAUAUUUGUAUUUUGGUUUGUAACGUUCCCGCAGAUUUUGUACUCUGGAGUUGAAGAAGUUCAGAAUAGGACUGACCCGGUUGAGCUGUUUACUGCUGGAAGAUCGGAUUUUAUGUUCACGGAUUUAUUCACCGCGGAGGGUUACUUCACCGAUUCAAUCAUGUUUUAUGGUUUCUACAGCGACGCAUCGUUCACUUUAAUCCCGGGAACGUCCGAAUACAGUCUUCCUCAUGCGUACUUCCUAACGAUUGUGGUGAUGUCUUUAACAAUCUUCGUAGUGGUGUCGCUAAGUAUGGCCCGCUCAUAUAGGAUCAGUUUUAUUGAAGCUAGUGGAGCAGUUCAUAACAUUUUGACCCACAAGAUUUUCUGUUCCUGGGAUUUUGGGAUUGCGAAUGAAAAGGCAGCUCAACUGAAGCAUGCCGCCAUAUUUCACGAUCUUAACGAGUACCUUUCCACGACCAACAAGGCGGAGGGAUCUCUGGGAAGGUGGCACAAGAUUCGAGGUUUGGCCCUGCACAUGGUGGCGCAUUCGGCUGUUCUAACGAUGAUCACCAGCAUCUGUUUCGGAAUUUGGACGAUGUUGAAGUGGUUCGGAGAGACGGAACAUUUCAGUACUUGGGCAGCGCUUUACGUUUCUAUCACCACGAAUGUCACAAUGUUCACGUUCUCUUAUGUUUUUCGAUUUAUAUCAAGACUCGAAAAAUACCAGCGUGCCUCAACAGCUCUGAACAUCAAUUUAUUGCGCAACUUCCUCUUACAACUCUGCAUCAUCGGGGUGCUCGUGUUCUACUGGCUCAACAAAACCUAUGAGUCCUGCUGGGAAACCUCGGUGGGCCAGGAAAUCUACCGCCUGGUUGUCAUCGAUUUCAUAGUAUCGGUCCUCUUCCUGGCCUUCCUUCAAGCUACCCGAUAUUCCCUGAACCGGUUCUACAGCCGAUCGAUCUCACUUCCGGAGUUCUGUCUCACCAACAACAGUCUAGGCCUGGUUUACAACCAAACCUUGCUCUGGUUCGGACUGCUCUUCUCGCCACUCCUCUGCGUCAUCGUAGCGGGCAAGCUGUUUCUCAUGUUCUACAUCAAAAAGUUCUCGCUAAUCUACUUCUGUAAACCACCUAGCAAAUUGUGGCGAUCCAGCCAAACCCACACUCUGCUACUGGUACUGAUCUUCGUAUCUCUAUUCGGGGUGAUGGUUACCCACGGCUACAUCAUGACCCAGAUUCCGGUCAGCAAAGAUUGUGGACCCUUCCGGGAAGAUUCCUACAUGUACCAGCUCUUUAUGCAGGGCAUUCUCAAACUCAAAGAGGAGCACAUUUUCUGGAAGAUCUUCAUCUACAUCACCAAACCGGCCAUAAUCGGCGGGGUUCUCCUCACAAUGGCAAUUGCAGCGUACUACCUAAGAGCCAAAUCUAAGGCCCAAAUUGCCAAAGUCAAACUGCUCAAGGAACUGCUCUGCUUGGAGGCCAAAGACAAGGAGUUCCUGUUGGCCAACAUCAGUCGCAUUACCCGGGGGCGCGAUUGGUCCCACCAGGAUCAUCUGGAGCUGUUGAAUGGCCGGAAGCUCAGCGGAGCGGAUCGGUACUGUAGUGACCCGAGUGGUACCUGGCGAUACGCCGAGAGCCCCCGCAAGAUCUCCGUCACUUCCGUACUGAACGGGGACGGUCCAAGUGGAUCCGGUUAUCAUAGGAUUGACGAAUGCAACGAGGAACGAGUUCGUAUGAGGCGGUUUUAACUUCCACCGAUUACAUUCGAUGUCGACCGCUGAUAUGUAAUUAGAAUCAAUUGAUUUUUUUUAGUUCAUCUCAGUAUUAAAGUAUUUAUUGUAUUUUAGUAUUCGUUAUCUGGAAUCCAAAUAUAACUAUAUUUUCAAACUAA